UAUAAAGAAGUUGCUUCUCCACCAAUGAAUUCAUUCUCUAAUUCCAAUCCAAACAAGAAUCAUUGUUCUAUUGACAAUUGUUACAUUGGUGACAAUUCCACACAAUUAUAGCAUAUAACUAAUCAACAACAAAAAAAACACACACAAUCUUGUUCAAGAGAGAUAGCUUAGGUGAGAGAGAGAGAGAGAGAGAGAGAGAGAGAGAGAGAGAGAGAGAGAGAGAGAGAGAAAGUGGAAGAAAAAAAAAAAACAAUCUUUAUCAUCUUUAGAUCAAACCCAAUUGAAUUGAGAUGCAGAAAAGUGCAUUAGGACCAUCAAAAUCAUCAUCAAAAUGCACUGCUGUGUUACCCUAUCAAACCCCAAGAUUAAGGGAUCAUUAUCUUCUUGGGAAGAAACUUGGGCAGGGACAAUUUGGGACAACAUAUCUUUGCACACACAAAACAUCAGGGAAACUCUAUGCUUGCAAAUCAAUUCCAAAGAGGAAGCUUUUGUGUCAGGAGGAUUAUGAUGAUGUGUGGAGAGAGAUUCAGAUCAUGCAUCAUUUGUCUGAACAUCCAAAUGUGGUUCAGAUACAAGGGACCUAUGAGGAUUCUGUGUUUGUGCAUUUGGUGAUGGAGCUUUGUGCUGGUGGGGAGCUUUUUGAUAGGAUUAUUCAAAAGGGGCAUUAUAGUGAGAGAGAGGCUGCAAAGCUGAUUAAGACAAUUGUUGGUGUUGUUGAGGCUUGUCAUUCUCUUGGUGUCAUGCAUAGGGAUCUUAAGCCUGAGAAUUUCUUGUUUGAUACUGCUGGUGAAGAUGCUAAAAUGAAGGCAACAGAUUUUGGUCUUUCUGUGUUCUACAAACCAGGACAAACCUUUCACGACGUAGUUGGAAGUCCCUACUACGUUGCUCCUGAGGUAUUGUGUAAGAUAUAUGGACCUGAAGUCGAUGUUUGGAGUGCUGGUGUUAUCCUAUACAUCUUACUGAGCGGCGUUCCACCUUUUUGGGCUGAAACCGAAUCGGGAAUUUUCAGACAGAUUUUACAUGGAGAUCUUGACUUUGAGUCGGAUCCAUGGCCAACGAUCUCAGACAGUGCUAAAGAUUUGGUAAAACUGAUGUUGGAUAGAGACCCUAAGAACAGAAUCUCUGCUCAUAAUGUCUUAUGCCACCCUUGGAUUGUUGAUGAUAAAGUUGCACCUGACCAGCCUUUGGACUCUGCUGUUUUGACACGCCUAAAGCAUUUCUCGGCGAUGAAUAAACUUAAGAAGAUGGCGUUACGUGUCAUAGCAGAAAGACUUUCGGAGGAAGAAAUAGGCGGGCUAAAAGAGUUGUUCAAAAUGAUUGACACAGACAACAGCGGGACAAUAACUUAUGAGGAACUCAAAGAUGGUCUAAAGAGAGUCGGCUCUAAUCUCAUGGAAUCUGAGAUUAAAUCGCUUAUGGAUGCGGCUGAUAUAGACAACAGUGGAACAAUAGACUAUGGAGAAUUCCUCGCAGCUACACUGCACUUGAAUAAGAUGGAAAGAGAGGAGAAUUUGGUUGCAGCUUUUGCCUAUUUUGAUAAAGAUGGUAGCGGUUACAUCACCAUCGACGAGCUUCAAACAGCUUGUAAGGACUUCGGCCUCGGCGAAGUACAUCUGGAUGAUAUUAUCCAAGAAAUCGAUCAAGAUAAUGACGGGAGAAUUGAUUAUGGGGAGUUUGUUGCGAUGAUGAAGAAAGGCGAUGAAGAUAUGGUUGGUAGGAGCAGAACCAUGAAAGGGAAUUUGAACUUCAGUAUUGCAGAUGCAUUUAAAGUGAAAGACUCUUCUUGAUAUCUAACUGAAAUCUUGUGUACAGUUAGGAAGAAGGAAUGGUAGAAGAGAGAUAUCAUAGUCUAACUUUCUCAUAGCUACAUGAUUGUGAUAUGUUUUGUUUUGGAACUUUGUUUAUGUUGUUGAACAAUGUUUUAAUAUAUUUGCAAUACAUUCUUCAUAAACGUCCAUAGAAAUUUAAUAUAUUCA